UCAGCAGCAUCAUCGUCGUCCCCGCUGGGUCCGGUGGCAGAGAGGAUGGUCCAGCGGAAAAGCAGUCGAAGGGUGCGAAUGACAGUGAUAAGAUAAUGGCCCUCGGUUUUCGCAUGUUUCCGAAUGUGCGACUAGUGACCAAGUGAAACCACCGUGGCAGGAAAACACUGAACCAUGUUGCUGUAGGUUGUGACCUGUGGUGAACGGGGGAGGAGGAAGAGGAGGAGGAGGAGGAGGAGGAGGAGGGAGGCGUAGGCAGACGGGCAGACGGGCAUCUGCCACAGCUCCCUUAAGGCGGCCUUUUGCAAGCUUGAAGCCAUGGGCAACACAGCCACCAAGUUCCGCAAGGCCCUGGUGAGUGGCGACGAGGCCCUGGCCUGGCAGCUGUAUGAGGGUAACCCUCAGUUCAGGGACGGCCUGGACCCAAAUGCAUCAUACGGAGAGCAGUACCAGCACAACACAGCCCUGCACUACGUCUGUCGCCAUGCCAUGACCCGUCUGCUCAGGUCUUUCCUGUUCAGCAAAGAGGGGAACCCCAACAAGCGUAAUGUGCACAAUGAGACGUGCCUCCAUGUGCUGUGCCAAGGCCCGCAGAUCCUACUGCUGCCAGAGGGAGCGCUGUCACCACGACUUGCCCGACCACAGAGGGACGAGCAGCGCCGUGCGGACUGCCUACAGAUGAUCCUAAGCUGGACUGGGGCCAGGCUGGAGGGAGGCCAGUACGAGAAGGCCAACGUUAACGCCACCGACAACCACCACAGCACCUGUCUGCACUAUGCUGCUGCUGCAGGCAUGAAGAGCUGUGUGGAGCUGCUAAUCCAGAGUGAGGCGGACCUUUUUGUGGAGGAUGAGGACAAGCUGACGCCAUGUGACCAUGCUGAGCGGCAUCACCACACAGAGCUGGCCCUCAGCCUGGAGUCACAGAUGGUUUUUUCCUCCUCUUCAGCUCAGCAGUCAAACACAGACGCACAUGGUGAAACCAACCUGCUGCAAUACAAGGAGCCUUACGAGGGACUGAAGCUUCAGGACCUGCGCAGGCUGAAGGACAUGCUGAUUGUGGAGACGGCAGACAUGCUGCAAGCCCCCCUUUUCACUGCUGAGGCCCUGCUCCGAGCACAUGACUGGGACAGAGAAAAGCUUCUGGAGGCCUGGAUGUCAGACGCUGAGGGCUGCUGUCAGCGCUCAGGCGUGGCCAUGCCCACCCCACCACCCAGUGGCUACAAUGCCUGGGACACGUUACCCUCACCCCGCACCCCUAGGACCCCGCGCUCACCCCUCACGCUCACCCUCACCUCUCCCACUGAUAGCUGCCUCACACCUGGAGAGGAGGGCCUGGCUACGUGUGGAAUCUGUCUCUGCUCUAUCUCAGUCUUUGAGGACCCAGUGGACAUGUCCUGUGGCCAUGAGUUCUGCAGAGCCUGUUGGGAGGGGUUCCUCAACGUAAAGAUUCAGGAGGGUGAUGCACACAAUAUCUUCUGCCCAGCGUAUGAGUGUUAUCAGUUGGUGCCAGUGCAUGUGAUAGAGAGUGUGGUUUCCAGAGAGAUGGACCAGCGGUACCUACAGUUUGACAUCAAGGCAUUUGUGGAGAACAAUCCCGCCAUCCGCUGGUGUCCUGCAGCCCGUUGUGAGCGAGCGGUGAGGCUCACUCGACCAGGCCCCGGGGACAGUGACCCACACAGCUUCCCACUUCUGCCCUCACCAGCUGUUGAUUGUGGCAAGGGUCACCUCUUCUGCUGGGAGUGCCUUGGUGAGGCCCAUGAGCCAUGUGACUGUCAGAUGUGGAGGAACUGGCUCCAGAAAGUCACAGAGAUGAAGCCUGAGGAGUUGGCAGGUGUGAGCGAGGCCUAUGAGGAUGCUGCUAACUGCCUGUGGCUGUUGACCAACUCCAAACCAUGUGCCAACUGCAAGUCACCCAUUCAGAAGAAUGAGGGCUGCAACCAUAUGCAGUGUGCCAAGUGUAAGUAUGAUUUCUGUUGGAUCUGUCUGGAGGAGUGGAAGAAGCACAGCUCAUCAACAGGAGGGUACUAUCGCUGUACUCGCUAUGAGGUCAUCCAACAGCUAGAGGAGCAGUCCAAGGAGAUGACUGUCGAGGCAGAAAAGAAGCACAAAAGUUUUCAGGAGCUGGACCGGUUCAUGCACUACUACACUCGCUUCAAGAACCAUGAACACAGUUAUAAGUUGGAGCAGAAGCUGCUGAAAACAGCUAAAGAGAAGAUGGAGCAGCUGAGCAGAGCCUUCAUUAGCCGUGAAGGCACUCCUCCAGACACACGGUUCAUUGAGGACGGUGUGUGUGAGCUGCUGAAGACGCGGCGCGUGCUGAAGUGCUCUUACCCAUACGGCUUCUUCCUGCAGCAAGGCAGCACCCAGAAAGAGAUAUUUGAGCUCAUGCAGACCGACCUGGAGAUGGUAGUGGAGGAUCUGGCACAGAAGGUGAACCGGCCGUACCUGAGGACGCCGUGUCACAAGAUAAUCAGUGCAGCCCGGCUGGUCCAACAGAAGAGGCAGGAGUUCCUGGCAUCAGUGGCCCGUGGCGUGGCUCCCAACGACUCUCCUGAGCUUCCCCGCAGGAACUACCCUGGAGGAUCAUGGGACUGGGAGUAUCUUGGCUUUGCCUCUCCAGAGAUGGGGAAUCGUCACACUGUACUGGGAGCAGAUCAAAGAGAGAGGCAGUCACAGGAUUAUGCUGACAUUCAGUACCGUCGUAGACACAGGCCACGGCGCAGAGGAGACAUGCUGAGUCUGCACAACCUCAGAAGCAGCAGCAACACACCAGAGACCAGCAGGAGGAGUGACAACACAGAAGUUCCAGAGAGGAGCGAGGGCCGUAGGAGAGUGCUGGGCUCGCUGGAUGAGGAUGACCCGAACAUCCUCCUGGCCAUCCAGCUUUCACUCCAGGAUUCCCGCAGAGAGCGAGGCCUGGAGGGAGGCCUGGAGAGAGGGAUGGAGGGGAGAGCGGAGCUGGAGCGUGGACUGGACAGAGGACAGGAGAGGAGGCCGGGUCCCACAGGAGACCUGGGUGAUGUUGCUUUGCACUCCCUCAACACGGACGGUCCUCCAGGAGCCAGAGGCUCAUCUUUCCCCUCUUCUCUCCUGGAUCCUCCUCGCCCCCCUAACAGGACAGACUCCACCUCCCAGCCUCCCACAUCUAACCCUCUCCCCCUUCCUCCCCCACCUCCCUCUCUCAGUGCAGAGCUGCUGGAGCUGGGAGACAGCCUUAUGAAACUGGGGAACAUAACCACUCCUUAUGACCUGGACACACACACCCAGGAGCAGCUCUGCUCACACCACACAUACAACCACAGUACUCUCACUGCUCCCUACACCAUUGAACCCGCUUACAGCGACUGCAGCCAUAGACAGGAACAGAGUGCACUGACAGCUCCAUAUGUGCUCGACCAUAUCACCAUCACAGAUCCUCGCUAUGACGGCAAAGAGCAGAGUUACUGCCACGCCACUGCUUAUUUGGCUGAGGCUGAACACACUGCCUCCUGUACGGCAGAACGCACCCAAAAUCCCACCUCAAACCCCGCCCAUCCUAGUUCAUAUAACCGGGAGCACGCAGCCACGUAUGACAGCACCCCAAAACCAGACAGCUCUUACAACCCUUGCCCAGAACACAGUAGCUCUUACACUCAGGAGCGUCCUCCUGCCUACGCUCUUGAACGCCCACCCAAAACAGAGCCCCAGCCCCCUGCCCAGUUGUGCCUCCCGUCUCCAGAGCUCGAGCCGGAGCUGCUGCUUUCACCAGUGAUCCCCCCAGGGGGCCCUUUCACCCCCAGCGACCCUCAGAGUCUGGAGGCCCUGGACCCCACAGCCAGUGCCCAGCUGCUGGACAACAUCAUGGCCUGGUUUAACAACAACAUCAACCCGCAGAACAACCCCCAGAGCCUGGCCCUCAUCCCUUCCCCGCCCACCACAGAAACCGACUCCUCCCCUGACACACACACUGAGACUGAGUCAGAGAGCCAAACCUCCAGGGGCGUGACCCCCGCCCCGCUCUGGCAGCCCCUGGAGGGCGAGCCAGAAGCGGACAGGGGGUCGGCGAGUCCCCGUUUAGGUGCUGCCGGCGUGGAGGGCCUGAAGACCUCGAGGCCCAGCACUCUGGAGCUGGAAAACAGAGAGGCUGGCGAGGAGGGUGUGGACACAGGGUGUGUGGCAGACCUGUCGCUGGACGAAGCGCACACACACCCGUGCUCACACUCCCAACGUGGAAACAGUCCCGCACACACUGCCCCGGCCACGGAGAGAGACUUAGACCUGGUUCUUCAGCUAGAGGUGGACCAAUCACCUGAGGAGUGGGAGGAGCAAGUACACCUGGUGUGAUGGAGCAGAGAGAGAAAAUUGAGCCAAGUACAGGAAGAGAGAGAUGAGAGAGUGAUGAAAGUGAAAGAGGAAAGAAAAUCAAAGACAGGAAAACUAGAGUGAAACUCUGAUGGAGAAAUAUAAGAUAUAACGUUGAUGCCUCGAUGAAAGAUGUAGGUCUUUGGGGGUUGAGUGUUGCUGUAUGUAUUAUACUGUAUCUAGAGAGGACAUAAAGCCCUGCAGACUUUGUCCAGUAAAGAUGAUGUCAUACGCAGUUUUAUUUUAUUUUUUUUUUUUAAGUGCUUUUGUCUGCUGUAAAAACAGACAAACUUAUUCUUUGAAAACAAAUGAGUGUUUAAAACAGAGUCCAUCAAUGGAAAGCUACUGAUAUCAUAACACAUAAAAUGCUGCACGUCUUAUUUUAUUUAUUCCCUGCCUCCUGUAUUUGUCGUCUCAGUUUGUUCAGGGUGAAGUUUUGGUGCUGCUGAAAUCCAAACUUGCCUCGUACACCAACACUUUAUUAACACACCGACCCAACCAUGAGCCUGUUCAGAGCUCCGAGAGCCAAAUAUGAUGAUAACUUUAACCUUGGAGCUUGUCAGCGUACUGUACAAUCAGAGGGCCUAAUUCAGAUUUUUGGACCUUCAUGCACACUGUGCCUGCUUUGUUAAGAGAGCCAACACACUACUGAUCUUUCCUGUCAGUAGGCUGCAAAGAACCACGAUACACCUGCCUGCUCGGUAAACGUCACGCUCGUAUGAUGUGCUUAUCUGGAUUUUAUGACAGAAACAAAUCUUUUGUAAUACUCAGAUGAUCACAGAAGAUAAAUUGUCUUGUCCCCUCUGCACAGAGAGGUCAGAGGUCAGUCUCAGCAGUAGGAAUUCAGUGUCAUGGGUGCUUGUUUUCACGGGGGAUUGAACCCUCUAAUUUUCCUGGGCACUGCACCGUCCUGCGACUCAUUCCAUGUACUUCUUUGUCUUUAUCAAAGAUGAGCUUUCAUCCAUGACUUUCAUACAAAUAUUUUUUAUACAGUAUUUUACAGUUGCUUUGGCCCAGUUUUUGUAACGGUUUCAAUUUGCAAAACACUCAACACAAAAUGCUUAACACAUACAAUGAAAACAUCACUAUAAAAUUAGGUAAUUAUGUUUAUCAGGGCAUCACAAUUUUGAAUAUGUUCAUCACUGAAUUUUAUUCAGUGUUACAUGUUAAAAUAAAAUUGUCAUUAUCAGACAAUGCUGUCAAACUAACUAAUUCUAGACCAUUUCCACCUCCACAACAUUUUAUGAACUAUAAUGAACUUCACUGCAUUAGUUUACUUUUUCACUAAAAUGUAAAUAUCUCACUACUACUGUAAUCUUGGAAAGUAUAACAUUAAACCACAAUGUGUUCAGGGGAAGAAUGUAUUAAGUCAGUGUAUCUCUUCAUUAACGGUUUUGCAGAUGGAAUCUGAACCAAAGCAGUUGUGAAAUACUGUAAAUUAAAAUCCUUCUGCAACUUUUAA